AUGGAGAAAAUUAACUUUGUGAAGAAUGGUGUGCUGAGAUUGCCUCCUGGAUUUCGGUUCCAUCCAACUGAUGAAGAACUUGUGGGACAAUAUUUGAAGCGCAAGGUUCUUUCCUAUCCUCUCCCAGCUUCUAUCAUCCCGGAGGUCGAUGUGAACAAGUCUGAUCCUUGGGAUUUGCCAGGUGAUUCAGAGCAAGAGAGGUACUUUUUCAGCACGAGGGAGGUAAAAUACCCGAAUGGUAACCGAUCAAACCGGGCCACUGGUUCAGGCUAUUGGAAGGCUACUGGAAUUGACAAGAAAAUCGUGAGUUCAAGGAGCCACCAGGUUGUUGGGAUGAAGAAAACUCUAGUUUUCUACACAGGAAAGCCUCCAACUGGAUGCAGAACUGAUUGGAUUAUGCACGAGUAUCGCCUUGCUCAGGCACAAACCACUAUCCCUCAAGGGAGAAAUUUAGCCCAGGAAAACUGGGUAGUUUGUCGAAUAUUUUUGAAGAGAAGAAGCAACAAAAAUGAUGACCAGGCAGCACCAGUGCAAAAAGGAAGCAGAUUGGCGCCUAUCGUAGGAAAAUCUAUGCCGGUUUUCUAUGAUUUCAUGGCCAAGGACAGGACUGAUUUGAAUCUGUUACCUGUAUCCUCGUCCUCGGGUUCAAGUGGGAUCACAGAAAUCGAAUCAGAUAAUCAUGAAGAAAGCAGUAGUUGCAAUAGUUUUUGA